AUGGCCUCGCCAGGCAAGCCUCCGCGCCACGCCAAACCGCCACUCAUUCACCUGCCGACACCGCCCGGCCUCAGCUUCUCGUCGACGACGGAGCCGCCAGUCAUCCCUGACGGCGACGCCAUCCCUCGCCGCCCCGUGCUAGAGCGCAGCAAGUCUUCGAAAAAGUGCUCCGUCCACCCCUACCUCUCGGGCAACUACGCACCCGUCACGCUCGAGUACCCGCUGACCGACUGCCUCGUCUCGGGCCAGAUCCCCGCCGAGCUGGCGGGCUGCCAGUAUGUUCGCAAUGGCGGCAACCCCAUGGCCAACACCGAGACCGACCGCGACGCCCACUGGUUCGACGCAGACGGCAUGCUCGCCGGCGUCCUCUUCCGCACCCUGCCCGACGGCACCAUCCAGCCUUCGUUUCUCAACCGCUACAUCCUCACCGACCUCGUCCUCUCGACUCCCGAGCGCUCCCGCUACCCCUUUCUGCCCUCGAUUGCGACCCUCGUCAAUCCGAGGCAGUCGCUCAUCAGCGUCCUGCUCGCCAUUCUGAGGACGGUGCUGCUGGCAUUUCUCACCUGGCUGCCAGGCCUCGGGCUGAAGCGCGACCAGAAGCUCAAGCGCAUCGGUGCGGCCAACACCAGCAUUUACUGGCACGAUGGCAAGGCCAUGGCCGGCUGCGAGAGCGGUCCGCCCAUGCGCAUCAUGCUGCCUGGCCUCGAGACCGCUGGCUGGUGGACGGGCGAGGAGGAUCCCGAGGAGCAGACGCAGGACGCUGCGUCAACAGCGGGCCCCGUCUCAAAGGAGGAGAAGGGGCGCAAGGGCAAAGGGUGGGGUUCCGGGCCGCCUAUCCUGGGCAUGCUGCGCGAGUUCACCACGGCUCAUCCCCGCGUGGACCCCAUCAGCGGCGAGCUCCUGCUCUACCACAUGUGCUUCGAACCGCCCUUUCUGCGGGUCACGGUGAUCCCAGCAACGCAGAAGGGAUCGCAGCCUAACACCAGAAAGCUGCUCGGCGUGCCCGUCCGAGGCCUGUCGCAGCCCAAGAUGAUGCACGACUUUGGUGCGACACGCACCCGCACCGUCAUCCUCGACCUUCCGCUGUCGCUCGACAUGAUGAACAUGGUCAAGGGCAGGCCGAUCCUCGACUACGACCCGACCAAGCCGAGCCGGUUUGGCAUCUUUCCUCGCCACCAGCCCGAUGAGGUGCGCUGGUACGAGAGCCCCGAGGCCUGCUGCGUCUUCCACACGGCCAACAGCUGGGAUGGCGAGGACGACUCGGUCAACAUGCUGGCGUGCAGGCUCAACAGCGCCACGCUCGUCUACAGCGCAGGCAACCUGCUCCCUCCUUCGCACGUGCUGCCUCCGGCCAACUGCCCGGAGAAGUGCCAGCUCUACUACUGGCGCUUUCAGUCCGAGCCCGAAGAGGUCGCCGAAGUGGCAGCGUCCCGAAGCCGGAGCAGCAAGGGAAAAGCAGAGGGGAACCGCGUGAACGUCAUCAGCCACGAGUUUGCGCUCUCCGACAUCCCCUUCGAGUUCCCCUCGAUCAAUGAGGAGCGCGGCCUGCAGGAGGCGAGAUACAUCUACGGCACCUCUCUCAAGGACGGCACGUUUGACGCGGGUCUGGCCAAGGCGGCCAAGAUCGACUGCCUGGUCAAGGUCGACGCCGAGAGGCUGAUUCGGCGCGGCAAGCAGCUCUGGAGCCAGGGCAAGCUCGGCCGCGGCGAGAGCGUCGAUACGCGCACCGUCGUCGAGGUGCUCGCCCAGCAGCGAGAGCGGGCACCGGGCUCCCCGCCAGACACGAUCCAGGUGUUUGAGAUGCCACGGGGCUGGUACGCACAGGAGGCCACCCUUGUCCCGCGGGCGCGGAAGGCGGGUCAAGCGGAGCUGGCCGAGGACGAUGGAUGGCUCAUGUUCUACGCGUUUGACGAGAGGACGGGCCUGCACCCAACGUCUGGCGAGGUGCUGCCGGAGGCCACGAGCGAGCUGUGGAUCAUCGAUGCCAAGAGCAUGACGGACGUCGUCUGCCGCAUCAAGCUUCCGCAAAGAGUGCCCUACGGUCUGCACGGCAGCCUGUUCAACGAGGAGCAGAUCGCCAGCCAGCGGCCGGUGCCGGCGUCGCAGAUCCGCACCUGGGCCGAUUCGAUCAACAACGUGGAUCCAUUCUCGCUGUCGUCGACGUCCAAGUCGUUUGCUGGCGCCAUUGAUCUCAAGCUGUCCAAGGACUCGACGCGCAGCAGCGCCGAAAUGUACGACGCCUUUCUGCAGCGGCCCAUCCACGUCAGCGCUUGGUGGCUCAAGCGCACCAUUGAGAGCUGGAUCGCCUGA